CCUGGGUGGCAGCGGUGGCCCGGGUCCCCAAGCUCUGGGCCCUGUGUGCAGCUGGCGCGCGCGUGUCUGCGCGUGUGUGUCCGCGCGUGCGAGUGCAAUGAGGUGGAGUCCUACGCCUGGGCGUUUCCUUCCAAGUGAUUUUGGUCAGCAAUCUGUUAGGGGAUCAUGGAAAAAAAUAUUCUGCCUGAAAGGAUGAAAACUGAGUAAGUACACAGAACUUUGAACUUGAAACAGUUCCAUGCGACCAAAUGCAAGCAAAACCCUGACAGUAACCACAUGCGUUCCAACUGCUAUUCCCUUCUUAUGUUAAAAGACGGGGAAAUGACGACAGCAAAGUGGCAAUUUAAAACUGGUCGAAAGGAAGCAGUUCAGAAACAUGAAAGGCUGAGAGCAGGGCGGCUUUAAAACCGGAGGGAAAAUGAGAAACUGCUAGGGCAACCUGGCCUGCGCCCAGCUGUGCAACAGGCACUUCGCCUUCAAUCUGCUGCUGCUGCGUCUUCAGGGCUGUUUUCAGACUCCAGGUCCGCUUUCCUGGGCUCUCUCUUUGCCCCAAAGUCGAGACAAGCUGAACUCUUCAGUUUAUGAAUGUUGUGGAAAUAAGACAUUACCGGAAGGAACUCUUGGCAGCCGGGGAUGCGUUUGGAUGAUUUCUUACGAUUAUCGUUAUUUUGACGUCUUAAAAAACAAUAAAUAAACGGGUCAGUCACUUUUUAACUGUCCACGGAAGGGCUCUUGUUAACCACCUCAGACCGCUGGGACCUGUGGCAUGAAUCUUUGGCAUGAACCUUCGGAAAGUUCUCAAGUGGAGAUGGGGCGAACUUGAUUGGAGUUGUGCAAAAAGAAGACAGAUGCGUGCCGUUUUCAUGCUGACAACGUGGCCAGGGGCCAAGUGACGCUGGACUUGGUCAUGGUCUGUCGACCGGUAUUCUUUUGUCGCCGGCGAUUUUGCCCCCGACCAUUCCUGGUGGGUUUGGUGGUGGCAAUCUGUCUCUUUUACCAGACCCUAACACUCCGAGGGACUAAGAAGCUUGCAGCGGAGGUUCCUGGGACUGUCCGCCACACACCCUCUCAAACUCAGGCUAGCAGAUGCGACCAAGGAUACCCGUGGGACAAACGGUGCUUCCUUCUCUCGGCAAAUGCCCUGGAAAUCAGGAAGAUCGAAGAGUUGAUUGAGACACACUUUGGCAGUCACAGCAGAAGGGCCAUCCUCUUCAGGUCUCCUUCACACAGCAGACCAGAGCUUCAGACCCUCCAGCACCUCCUUGGUCAGCAUGGCUACAGUGUUGUCACUGUUGAAGAAAGACUUGGUACUGGCCUAGGUCUGGAGCUGUUGGACCAAGGUGAUUUGAACUCCUGGGAUCUGCUCAUUUGCCUGCCUUCCAGGGAAGCUGAUGGGAAACCCUGCAUAGCCAGGGAGCACAUAUGCCGACUAAGGCUACAUCAAAAGAUAAAUGUAUUACCGGAAAUACAGCCUCAGCUUUGCAGAAAAGAAGGCUUGUGUCAAAUGAUCAGAAGAUUUCCAGAACUUCGACUUCCAGUGAGUCCCUCCGUGUGCCUGGAUCAGGGGAUGCAGUCACAGCUGAGUGCUUCCAGUCACCUCUCAAAAGGAGCCAAGCCACAUGUGUGGAAACCAUGGGACGGGCAAAGCAAACAGUUGAAUCAGACUACAGUCCCUGUUCCACGUGAAGCAAUCCUCAGAGCAGAAGAGCUAUCUGUGAUUCUUAAAGCCUACGUGUUGGUGACCUCCUUAAGGCCUUUGCGUGCGUUCAUUCAUUCAACUGGCACGGUGUGGAGCCCACCUAAGAAGAAACGCUUCACUGUCAAGCUGCAGAUGUUUUUUGAGACAUUCCUGAGGACAAGUUCACCUCUGCAGGCAUUGGAUAGCAUGAAAGAAGCAAUUAGCAAGCUCCUAUUGGUGGCCGAGGUGUUCAGUGAAACGUCUACUCUGGGACCAAAGACCUUCCAUAGGUGUAGACAGUGUUUUCAGCUUUUAACUUUUGAUAUUGGUUAUGGAGAUUCGGGACACCCUGUAGUGCUCCAGGUACAUGAGCAUUUGAAAGUUCGAGAUGAUGAGAAUUUCAAUCUGGAGGACCAAAAGACAGAAAAAAUUCUUUUAAAGGAUACUUUCAGUUUCCUCUUCUCCAAUACAUCUUCACUUUCCCUGCUUUCUGAGCAAUUGCAGAGGCUUUAUAGAGAGGGUGUGCUUGAGGACGGAAACUACGGAAAGGAGCUGAAUCAGUGCCUGUCUUUGGAGGAAAUUCACUCAAUUAGGACCUUUGUAAAGGAACUUGGGAGUCUGGGAGAAUUCCAACUGCUCUUCCCAUCCACAGUUCCUGGAAUUCAGUCUGUGAUGCAUGAAUUUUAUGAUAUGGCAAAUCCUAGCUCACUACUGUCCCGAUACUGGUCUCUUUUAAAUAUAUCUGAACAAUUUUGGCCCAUGAAUAAAAAGGAACAGCUACAUCCACUGGAAUGGAAUUCUUCAACAAGAAACAAGACCAUUCAGAAAACACCAGAGUCACUAGAAGCAAUCAAAAGCAAAGAAGAUGCAGUUCCAAGAGUUUUUCAUGAAAAUAAAGAUAUACACUGCAGUAAUGGGAAAGGCACAGUCUGCAAUAUCAAGAUCUUCACCCAUCCCCGUCUGGAACUAAAUCCCGAGUUUAAUCCGAAGGUGAAAGAUUAUUACUGUGAAGUGCCGUUUGAUGUACUAACAGUGAGGAUUGGAGCAGAGACUUCUAAGUGUCAGUGCAAGGUGCACCUGCAGGAGCGGGCAGGGCCAAGCUUUGCCAACUAUCCCCUGGGAUUAGGAAUGAACAGAAUUUCCAUGCUCGUGGUGGAUAAAUCUCCAGCAGAGGGUGACACAGAAACCACCUAUAAACUCAGCAUCUAUAGAGAAGACCGCCCAAGUCUGCCCUUCUUUGAGGACUUCACAGCAUGCGGUUUUGUACAGGAUUGCGGUUUAUUGAUUAAACCAGAAGAAACCUGUGGGUUGCAGCCUAUUUCUUCAGACUACAUUGAAGCCAUUUCACAGCCUAAAAUAGAGAGUUGUCCAUCUGGGGACACUAAAGGCCAGUGGAUUGUGCCUUGCCUUAGUUGCUCUGACAACAGGACCUGUGACUGGAGAGAAAUAACCUGGCAGCCACACAACUGCCAACACAAUGUCCUAACCAAGCCGGAACUUCAGCAGUGCCUGCGAGGAAGGAAGAUCCUUUUCAUUGGGGAUUCCACCAACAGAGGAAUGAUGUACUAUCUUAUUGAAAGGCUGAAUGAAACCCUGCAGGAGUGGCAGAAAGUUCACGGCACUAAACUCUACCCCAGUGUCAAUGGGGGGAAGACUUUGAUCAGUUACUCCUACUAUCCCCAGUUUUGGAUAAGCCCUUCGUUGAGACCAACAUUUGAGAAAGCACUUGAGCAUCUCUUGCAAAGAUCACAUCCCUUAGAGAAUACUGACCAGACAGUAUUGGUUGUUGGUGGUGUUCAGUGGCUUAAUUCCCAGCACCUGCAAAUCAUUCACAAGGUUUUAAAGAGGGAAAAUUUGCUCAAUAUCCUAGUGAUCAUCAAAACUUUGGGGAUUGUAUUUCCCCUGCCAGUGGAUGGAGUGCAUUUCCUAACACAGACUGAAGUACAAAACUUGCAUAAAGAAAAUCUGAGCAUUCUGGAAGCUGCAAAAAAAUAUGGCUAUGAAGUAGUAGACACUUUCACUAUCACAAUGGGACGACACAAGGAAUUUCUGCAGGGAAAUUGUGGAUGUCAUUUCCAUGAGGUAGUGAAAUCAAAGUUAUCCAGAGAGCACCAUGUUAUCAAGAUGAAAAGAUCCAAGAACCAUAUUGUGGGGAAAUACUUCAGCAGUCAAAACAAACUACAACGGCAAAAUUCUGUCCCAAAUGUUCAUUCACCAUAUCAUGUCAGAGGUCCAAUAAACCAGGUUUGUUCUGAAAUCCUGCUCAGCAGGAUGUGUGCGAGUCAGAGGUCUGCACGGGCUCCCUGAAGGAGAUCUCAGCCAUUCACCUGGACAAUGGCCUGAGAACCAAAUGUGCCUCACACAUACUUGGCAAUGAUUGCACACUCAGCAGGGCAAGCACGCACACCAAAGCAUACAGCUUUCAAAGGAGUAACGACACAUUUUUCUUAUGACUGAAUGCAUCCAAAAGUGACCUUGAGCAUCCAUUGAUGGUUUCAGACCGAAGGACAGUACUAUAAGGAGAUCACUUGAAAUGUGAUCACAAACUAGGACCACGUGGACCAGGUAUUGUAGUGCAAUAUGAUAAACAAAAAUUUAGAAAUGUAACAAUAUGGGGAUAUGAUUGAUAAUGCUGUCCCUGUGCUAUCCUCUUCAUCGGCCCACUAACAUGGUGAAGAAACAAUUACAUUCCACUUGGAGGGAUAACAGUUAAUCCUUUACCAGGAGAAAACAGGGUAUUUUUUGUGGUUUGAGCUUUGUGGAUCUAAUGCUUAUGAAAAACAUUUCUUCUUGUACUUUUAAAAGUUUGUAAUGGAAGGAAAAGACCAGGAGUGAUGCUCUACCAGGGAAUUCAAAGAGAUUCUCUGCUAGCAACAACAAUAUUGUAUUUGACUUUGUGUUCCUGUGAGUUACACACACACACCAACUGUAAAUUUAGAUGGGGAGCACAGUCUAAAUUGGUGAUAUGCAUAAUUUUAAAGUGUGAAAAAAUAAAGUUCCCCAUUUGUUACUUUGUUAUGUUCGUGGAUGUCAUUCCUAAAGAAGCUUCACUUGCUCCAUAGAUGAAUCUGAUGUAAGCCGACAAUUACAUUUUUGCAAAGGAUUGCAGGUUCUCAAAUGUGUAAACAUAAAGAAUUCUCUAUGUACCCACAAGUAGUAUUAUGUGACUAGUGUGUGUAUUUUUAUUUGAACAAAUGUGUUUAAUUCAAAUUAGAGUAAGCAUACAAGUAUUUUUUUUCAUAAAAUUAUGACAUAAGUGACACUUCUGUCUUAUUAGGUACAAAAUGGUAAGUUGCAGUAUUACACAAGUCCCUUGUUAUGGGAUAACAUCUCACUGCUAUGGUGGGUUUUAAAGGAUAAUUUGGGGGUGAGGAGAAGAAGCUGAGAAGGCCUAACUCAGUAUGUAACUAAGAUUACUAAAUGUACAAAUACCUCAAAUUCAUUGCCUUAAAAAGUGAAACUAUUUUGUUCUAUUGACCCAUCAGUUAUUUAGAAUGAAUAUCCACCUUCAAAUCUCUAUUUUUAUAUAUAUUUUUGUAAGGACAUAAACAUGAACUUUUAUUUAACUGUAUUAAAUUAUGUUUAAGUAUGAAUAUCACUUGAUAUAAACAACAUGCAUUUUUGAAUAGAUUUUUUGAACAAUAGUACCAAAUUAACUUAAAAAUGAAAUAUUUUCCAUACAUGCAUCUAUAUACAAACACUGUUUUUAGAUUUUCAGUUAUUUUUGAUGAUAUGAAAUGUUAGCAAUUGAUACAGCUGCUCCAUCAAAUUUUAAGGCAUUGCAUAUUCCACAGCAGCAUUACAUUUAAUGCUAGAUUUCUGUAACUCACUAUCAGUGUCACUGUAAAAAUCCUCUGACUUGAGUUCAUCUGGUAUUGUCCUUUUCACCACUGAAAUGCUACUAGAUGUGAGAAACAAUUUUAAUGUAUUUUCAAUAAAUGUCUAACUGGUAA